GACAAUUAGCUUGAAAUUGGUCUUCAUUCCUGUGUCACAAUUCUAUCGAGUGGACGUUGUAUUUAGUCAGCUAAUUUUAUAAAAGUGUGUUAAAAAUUUGGUGGGUGAUUACAGAUCGACGAAAAUUUGCAAGUUUUCAGGAAACUAAAAUUAACAAGAAAUAUAACACAAUCAAUUCACGAUGCAUGUCUUGUCCACAUUUUCAUCCCUGUUGCUUAUCACGGCCGCAUUUAUGAUCUCUGAUUCUUACCAGACUCGUAGAAUUCGGGAUGUUUCAGGUCACCAUUCUGGUAGCGGUGCAAUUGCAAAUUUUGCCAUGAAAGCGCUCACUAGUUUUCAAUCCUUUAUGAAAGAAGGGAACAACGAGUUAGGAAUUCCACGCCUUGAUCCCGUCCACAUGGACAACUUUAACUAUUCCUUGGACAAUAAUCCAGUCGGGUUUCGGAUGGAAAUCGUGUUCGAAUCACCUGCGUUGGUGGGCCUCUCCUCGUACGAACUUAACGGUGCGAGUGAGUUGAGAGGACCCGAUGGUUCAACCGUGGUCCAAAUGACGAUUGUUUUCCCGACAAUUCAGAUUCGAGGACGCUACAAAGCCAAUGGAAAUAUGUUCAGCUUUUUUAAUCUGGCAAGUUCAGGAGAUUUCGAGAUUAUCGGAUCAUCUCAAGUCCUUGCAGCGGAAGCGAAACUACGGCCCGUAAACCAAACCCUGUUCGUGGACUACAUUACCUCCCAAUUUGUCGGAGGACGGGUAAAGUCUCAGUUUAACGAUGUUUCCAAUUCCGGACAUUUUACCACCCUCAUGAACGAAUUUCUCUCCGCAAUGGGGACACAUGUUUUCGAUAAGAAACUCAAACCCGUCAUCACAACGGCGAUGAAUGAUUACAUGAAGGAAUGGCUAAACGGAGCUUUCAGCAGUGUCACGACCAGUGAGAUUUUAGGUCAGCAAAGUUCAGGGGGUGCAACUACCCCACAACAGCAACAAUACAGUCCACCUCCCCAACCACAACAAUCACCUCAACAAUUCAUUAACCAGCAACAACAACAACCUCAGCCACAACAACAACAAAGUCCGAGCUCUAAUGUCCACCAGUUUCAACCUUUUGGCAAAUAAAUGAUACAUUCACACGCGAUGUCAAAAUCUGUAAAAAACACAAACGUAAUAAAAUCAUUUCCUGAUA